CUCGUCCCAGGUCGACCACAGCAGGGGCUUCAGAAAUGUUAUUUAUUUCAUAGUCAUAGACAUAGCCUUUUUGCCAGGCGCCAUAAAGAGCUGCAGCAGAGGUGCAAAACUAGCAUACGUUCUGUCCAUUUAAAACUUGUGAACAGCCCAGAGACUUCUCACUCUUGCCGUUCUGCUUCACUGCGGAAGUUUUCAUCAUCUUCCCGUUUUCCACACCACGCGCCUUUGUACACUCCUGCCACCGAUAUUCACCCACAUCGAGCAUUUCACGAUAUCUUCAAAAAGACUCUCUGCUCACCAAAGAUGUCCCGAGAACAAGUAAUGAACCGCCAGCAUCUCCUGGCGCAUCGCUCCAUUUCCUGCUGCAUCGGCGGCGGUGGCGCAUCAACUUCCCGCGGCGACAAAAACAAUCCAAAGCCCGAAGGCGAGGCUCAGCCCAAAGAAAAAAAAGAUCUUGUCGAUUACGACAGCAACAACCUCCCGAUCCCGCCGGUUGCCGUCGAGCGGCCGGAAACCGUCACGAUCGGGUUGGUGGAAAACGAGGAUCGCGGCCCGAAUCCAAUGAACCCGCCGAAGACGAAGACUGACAACUACUUCUGGCUCCGCGAUGACAGCCGGACGAGCGAGGAAAUCUUGCUGCAUUUGAAGAAGGAAAACGCGUUCACGGCCGCGAAGACGAAGGAGAACAAAAGUUUGGAGAAGGAACUGUACGACGAGCAUCUGUCCCACCUGAAGCAGACCGAUCAGCGGCCGGCGUACGCGCACGGGGAAAGGUUUGAGUACUACACGAGGACAGUCGAAGGGCUGAGCUACAAGAUCCACUGCAGAAGGCCGAUCGGGUCAUCAAACGUAAACGCUGAAAAAUCCCCAGACGGCACGGAUGAAGAGGUCUUGCUUGAUGAGAACAAAGUUGCAAAGGGGCAGUCGCAGUGCGACAUAUGCGUGGUAGCGGUGUCGCCGUGCCACGAGUACUUGGCGUACUGCGUGGAUUUUUCGGGAGACGAAGUGUACCACUUGCGGGUUUUGAAACUCGGCGCAGGAGCUGCAGGAAGUCCAAGCGACGGUGAGCAGCAUGUCUUGAUCGACGAGCUACUGAGCCGCACGGGUGAAGGAGCUACUGCCGGCGAAGAUGAAAAUGCCGACGCUCCUCAAGGUGACCCAGCGCCCCCCGGAACUCAGCACCUGAUCUGCGGCAACAUCGUGUGGGGAGCGGACAGCAAGGAGAUCUUCUACGUGACGCAAGACCCGGUGACCCACCGCCCGAACAAGAUGUGGAGGCACAAGAUCGGUGAGAAGAACGAAAACAGCGAGGCCAAAGACCCUCUGUUCGAAGAGAAGGACCAGCUGUUCAUUCUGGAUAUCAGCAAAACGAAAGACGGAAAGUUUCUUCUGCGGAACAGUGCGAGCAGCGAAACCAGCGAGGUUGCCGUGAUGCCACUUGAGAAAAGCGGUAGUGAUGCCGACGCGACAAUCGUCCACAGCCGGGAGUUUGGUCUCCGCUACGAAAUCGAGCACUGGGAAGGGUAUGUGAUCGCGGUGACAAAUUACGACAAAGCCAAGAACAACAGGGCGCUGGUGAAGAAAAUAAUUGGAACUACAGCAACUUCAUCAGUGCUCGAGACUACGCCAGAUUUUUCCGCCGCGAACGAUUGGCAGGAACUAUGAACUGCAAAAGUAUCGUACUCGUAUAAAUGCAUGACAAAUUUCCUCAGCAUGAGAAAUAAAAUUUGUAAUGCUGAUUUGCCUUGACAAAGAAAUUUGCAAGACCUGCAUUUAUACGAGUGCGAUACUUUUGCACAGGAUAGGAACUGUUCCCCUACGACAAGCUCCGGGAAAUCACGUACGUCGAAGUGUUUGAAAAUUUCCUGAUGUUCGAGGGCAGGGAAAACGGCUUGACGAAGAUCUGGUCCUUCGACAUCAAGCAGUUUACAACCAGUUCUGGCACCGCAACUCAUCAUCUUCAGCCGAUUGACACAUCGCUCUUCCCCGAGCCCGACAUCCACGAGAUCCACUUUUCCAUCAACAAGAAUUACGCCACAGAUUUCGUCCGACUCGUGUACAGCUCGUUGGUCACGCCGACGACCUGGUACGAGUACCGCCCGCUGGAAAAGAGUUGCAAAAUCAUCCACGAGGAGCCCGUGUCGAACUUCGAUAAAUCGAAGUAUGACACGACGCGGGUGUUCGCGACGAACGGGAAGGAUGGGUGUAAAAUUCCAGUUUCUCUCGUCUGGAGCAAGGAACUCUGUCCCGAUGUUAGGGAAAGGCUUUAUAAUAAUUCCGGUAGUUGUACUACUAGCAGUGCCGCAAAAUCCUAUCCCCUCCUUCUCUACGGCUACGGGUCGUACGGCGCGUGCGUCGACCCGGGCUUUGACCGAGACGUGCUCACCUAUUUGGACCGGGGCAUCAUCUACGCCAUCGCGCACAUCCGUGGGGGCGGGGAGAUGGGACGAGAAGUUUGGUACGAGGAACAAGGGAAAUACUUGACGAAGAAAAACACCUUUGAGGACUUCAUUGCCUGCGCCGAAUUCUUGACGAAACCCGGGGGCGAAGAUGAAGGUAAUAAAACUCUAGCGCCUUUGACGACCCCAUCCAAACUUGCCAUCGAAGGGCGGUCCGCGGGUGGGUUGCUGAUUGGCGCGGUGUUGAACAUGCGGCCGGAUUUAUUCUCCGUGGCAGUCGCGGGUGUGCCGUUUGUGGACGUCUUGACCACCAUGGCUGAUCCGAGCAUACCGCUGACAAUCGGUGAGUGGGAAGAGUGGGGAAACCCAAAUUUGGAAAAGUUCUACGAGUACAUGAAAAGCUACUCGCCGGUGGACAACGUCAGCUCCGGUCUGCGACAGGAAGAGGUGCAAGUGGAGGUGGCGGGCGGAGAAACGCGUCAGUUGACGACUGUCCUGAUUCUCGCCGGCUUGCACGAUCCGCGGGUGGCGUACUGGGAACCGGCAAAGUGGGCCCAGCUGCUGCGGAAGGAGAAAACGCGGUUUGGCGACGUGUUGCUCAAAGUGGAUUUGGAAGUGGGGCACUUCUCAGCCAGUGACAGAUACCGGCACAUCCAGGAAACCAGCUUUUCGCAGGCGGUGGUGGUGAAAAAGUUGACGCAGUAGAAAAAGAUGAAGGAAAAUGAGGAAAAAUGCACAAUAACGACUGACGAAAAUAGAACUUGUUGAGUUCUUGUAUUUGUGACAUACUAGCGCCAUCAACAUUAUGUGACCUUGAC